AGGAAUCGGCACACAGCAGCCUAGAAGAGCACAACCGCUACCAUGGACCGUGACGAAGAAACCCUCCGAGCUAGAUUGUACGCGGAAAUCAACGCAUUAGAAGUCAGGAUCUGCGAAGUGAAGAGCGAGAUUAAUGAACUGGCAAAGGUUUCCAGACUCCCUGACGAAAUCCUUUGCGUCGUGUUCGCACUCUACAAAGAGAAAGAAAGCAACCUCAGGGGCUACUUCUUCUCCGACCGCCCCGACAGUUAUAGCCUCCCUCCACGCCAAAAUCUGCUUUCGUGGACUAAAAUCACCCGUGUUUGUCGUCGGUGGAGAGCGGCUGCUAUCGACUGCCCCUCUCUCUGGGGUGAUCUGGCUCCGGCCAUGGGACUUCCGUGGCUUAAAACUGCAAUCUCAAGGGCAAAGGAGGCGCCUCUUUCGAUUAGCUUCUUCUGUACGGCAUUGCCUGCAUCGCAAGACGUCCACGUAAUGGCCCAAGCCCUCUCGAGAGUUGGGCAACUGCGAAGGGCUCAGCUGCAGGGCAUACCGAGCGUCCUCGAAGAUACCCUCAAAUUUUGGACCCAGUCUGCACCGCAUCUGGAAGCAUUGUCAAUCUUUCCAAAGCCGGCGCGCGUAAUCAGCCUUCCCAACCAUUUCAUAAACUCUUGCGCCCCUAAACUGAAGCGUCUCGCCCUUUGGAACUGCGCCUUGCCAGCAAACGCACCCUCGUUACAAGCCUUAACACACCUAACGAUUGGCGUGAACACGAAGGACGCAGGUCUACGUCUGGACCUCCUGCUUGAUAUGUUGUCAAGUUCGCCAUCGAUCACGACAUUGGCGCUUUCAACACGUCACUUCGAGUCCUCCGGGCCAACGACAAUCCGACCAUCUCAUAUUCCGCUUCCACGGCUCCGAUCACUGGAGCUGGAAAGCAGAUGUCGAGCAUGUGCAGAUCUACUGGGUUAUCUCCACCUCCCAUCCACAGUAUCUCUCAAGGUGAAAGGAUCUAGGGUAACCACCUCCGCCUUGGAGAGUCUCCGUACAGCUCUCAUCACGUCGUGGGUUUCGACACCCCUCGUAGAGCGACCACUUCCAAAAUUCUGCAUCAAGGACCUCAUUAUCUAUUCGUAUUCGUCGAAGAACUUGAUUUGUGAAGGUCACGUUGACACCAGACGCGACGAGGGAGGACAACCAUCCUUCUCCCUCCACUUUGAAGUAAACGAUGCCGACUGGACGGAUGUCCUCCUUCGCAGCCUCGCAGAGGCGUUGCCAUUGCCCUACGUGCAAAGUUUGCAGCUGCGCGAAUCUUGGCUGCAGCAAGAAGAGUAUGCGUCACUUCUGUCGGUCGGGCUUCCGGAGGUCAGAAGUCUUAAUAUUGAACACGGGAGUGCCGAAUAUGUCCUGGCCUGCCUCCGAAGUGACCCUGCCCUGCAAUCAGCAUCCGAGUCCGCCGUCCAAGGUCGACCAUCGCUGGUGUAUUUUCCCAAGCUGACAUCCCUCACCAUCGCAUAUGCAUACAUGAUUCAGGAGAAGUACUCUAUGGACGGAAUAUACGUUUCCCUUCGCCAGCUCAUGAAGCUACUUGCAUUACGGGCGCGCCUGGGAUAUCGGCUAAAGGAACUCCACUUCUAUGGGUGCUAUUAUAUCAGCAAGAACGGCUCGCAAAGGUUCAAAGAGGUAGCAGACGAAGUGCGUUGGACGGCUAGGGAUUGGGACUCCGACCGUGAAGGUACGGAUGAUGACUUCGAGAGGGGUUACGACAAAGAUUGGUAUAUGUGGGACGACUCGGAACCGUGA